AUGGCUUCUGGCACACCUACAGAGACACGGCCCGCGACUCGGGAGGAGAUGCGCGAUGCCCGCCUCCCGCUCGCCUACAGAGACAGCUGCGCCCACCUCCUCAUCCCCCUCAACAAGUGCCGAAAAGCGACCUGGUAUGCGCCAUGGAAGUGCUCGGACGAGAGACACAGCUACGAAAAGUGCCAAUACGUCGAGUUCAAGAAGCGGGUAGCCAAGAUGGACGAGUUGCGAGAGUCCAAGGGCGGCCAACGAAGCAAUUAG